UCUAUGCUAGCAAUCAACAAUAGCAACAAGUAGACAGCUGGGAGGAUGGAUGCUGUAAAGAUACCCAUCCUAUUCGCAUAUAAACAGUCACGUUUUGUUUUCUAAAUAUGGUACUUUAAUAUUUUUAUGUAACAUACGAUAAUAGUGGAAUAGUUAGUGUUUGUGCAUUUGGAAUAAAAUGGAUGAAUCCGGUAUCGAUAUGGGAUUCGAUCUCGCCUCCUUCUUGUCAAACGACUAUCAUGCUGACCACAUCUUGGAUGAGAUGACAGCAGCACAGCAUCAGGACUUCAUGUACUACGAGCUGAAGUCGAAAGCGGUGCCAGUGACAGAAAGCCCGCCUACAUUCAAGACGCUAACGCCGACGUCGCGCACACAGCUGAAACAGCAGUUGAUGCGAGAACAUGCGCAGGAGCAACUGCGCAGGGAAUCAUUACAGACACAACAGGGUCAGUCAAAAGAAAAUGGCGAGGACAAGAAGAAAUCGAGUCCGACAGACGUGCCGCGUAUCACGCCGCAUGUCGAACUACCUCCACAAGUAUUGCAGGUGCGAACGGUUCUGGAGAACCCCACCAGGUAUCACGUGAUACAAAAACAGAAGAGCCAGGUGCGACAAUACCUCAGUGAGUCCUUCCAGCCUCAGACACAGGUAAAUUCGGGCGGGCGCGGCGCGGUGCAGUCGGCGCCGGAGCUGUGCGCGUCCCCCGAGCGCGCCUCUAGCUUGCUGAGCCCUAAUCUCUGCUCAUCCACCGUUAACACAUCUGAAACGGACGAGUUCCUGGAGGACAUCCUGUCGCUGGACAGUGGCGCGGCGCGCUCCUCCGGGCCGCCGUCCGCCGCCAGCUCGGUGGCCGGCGACUGCGCCCUCCUCAGCGACGCCGACAUGCACGCGCUCGCCAAGGACAGGCAGAAGAAGGACAACCACAACAUGAUUGAAAGACGUCGUCGGUUCAACAUAAACGAUCGUAUAAAGGAAUUAGGGACGUUAUUACCAAAGACCAACGACCCUUUCUACGAGGUGAUCCGCGACGUGCGCCCCAACAAGGGCACUAUCCUCAAAAGUAGCGUUGACUACAUCAAGUGUUUACGAGACGAAGUAAACCGACUCAAGCACUGCGAACAACGAAGAAAACAGAUAGAAUUGCAUAAUAGGAAAUUAAUGCUAAGAAUACAGGAAUUAGAGAGGCUAGCGCGAGUGCACGGGCUGCCGCUGGGGGGCGAGGGCUGGCCGGCCGAGGAGGGGGAGGGCGAGGCAGGUACGGGGGGCGCGGGGGGUGCGGGGGGCGAGCCUCCGCCCUCGCAGCCUAAAGCACCGAAAACACCUUCCACACCUGGGUAUAAUGGGAAUGAAUUCAGAAAUUACACUGACUGUACAGAAAGGUACAGUCGCUGA